AUGUAUCAGCGAACUGGACCUCCUCGUGUAUCUAUCCGUGGCCAGCGGAAGAUUGAACAGAAGACGCAGCACAAGAAGAAUAUACGUGCUGUGAUUGGCGUAUCAACUGUCCCGCUGUCGAGCCGUUUUACGCAUUUGGCGGAUGAAACAACGCCGCGUACGGCAAAGAAGAAGAAACAGCAGCAGCAACAGCAUCAAGUGACCGUUGUUAAGAGGCCAAAGAAGAAGGGAAAGGAACAGGCCGUAAUGCAUGUUGUAGGUGGAAAGAAGAAGAUGAAGGUAUUGGUCUUUGAUUCGAAUCAGAUCCGCCAGCAGAAGAAGCUGCAGGAGGUUACUCAGAACAACCGUAAGAAGCGCCAAGAGGUUGUUAGUAAGCACAGAAAGGGGCUUUCGACCCAGGACGUCAAGAUGAAGGAAGAUUGGACGAAGAAGAAAAGCGCAUUUGUUCAGCAGAACGGAGAAAGAGGCGCGGGUUAUGGAGGUCGAGGUGGUCGCGGAAGCCGUGGUGGUCGUGGUGGCCGUAGAGGACGUGGAGGUAUUAAGGCUAAACCUCUGACCGGUAAAGAUCUUGACAUGGACAUGGACGUAUACUGGCACGAAGCUGGCAAGGGCCCUGACCCCAAGGCCGUCCAACUGGACCGUCAGAUGGAAGAGUACUGGGCCGCCAAGCCGACGCAAAAUAGCGAUGCUGCUAGUAGUACGAAGAUCGAACCAGCUCCUGACGCCACUAUGGAGUCAUGA